CAUUCACCUUUUCUUUACUGGUUUCUUUGCUUUUUGGAAGUCUGAAGAUUAAUGGGUCUUCCAAGUAUUCCCAGCCCUCCACACCUUUAUCCUCAAGCACUUCAACUCAAACUCUAUCAAGCCUUCAUAUUUUCAGUCCCAGUCCUCUUCUCAAUAAUUCUGUUUCUCUUAUUUUACCUCUUCUACCUCAAGAGAAGGACCUCUAAUCACUCCUCUUCUCCAACAAUUAUUCCAUGGAGAUUAAAUCCAGCCACUCCAUCGCCUUUUGAAGUCGACUUGAAAGAGGAACUCAAACCCAAGCUUUCUAUAAUCAUAUUUGAUGAGGAUAUAAGGUCCAGAGAAUCACAGUGUUGUGUGUGCCUGGGAGAAUUCGAGAUGAAAGAGCAAUUGCACCAGAUUCCAUCAUGCAAUCAUGUAUUCCACAUUGACUGCAUUCAUCACUGGCUUCAGGCAAACACUACAUGUCCACUUUGUCGAGGCUCGGUCCUUGUGACUACUAGGAGGAAAUCUUGCUCUUCAGAUGCAUCACCACCCAGUGGAUUGAACUUUCAGCAAGGGAUGGACACAGAAGCUGGUCAUCAAACACAAUUGGAAUCUUCUGAACUACAACAAGCUAGCAUGAGUAGUAUUACUGUCACCAAUUUUGCCGAUGAAGAUCAGUUGGGACACAUCGAAGGAUCAACCAGUGGAAGAACGCGUUUAACAACAGAACCCAGUAACUUGGAAGAUUUGACAGUCCCCUUAGACAAUGGAACUCAAUAUUCACAUCAAGACUCAGUUGUUGUUCAGAUAUCAAUGCAUACUUCAUAAUUUUGAGAUGUUUUAGGCAUUAUUUUGGGGAAAGAACUCAAUAGUCAUGGAUAUGGUAGAAAUUUUAUGUUUCAUAGA